AUGCAGUUUGUUGAUGUAUUUUGGAGUGCUCUUAAAUACGUGGCUCCAGCUAUCAAAAGCAUCCAUGAUAUCAAAGUAAAUCAUGGGCGGAGCAACCUACUUGUAAAACGUAUAUGCGAAAUUGUUAUAGAUCAGGUCGAUCAUGAUAUGGCUUGGAAUAUUCUAGGAUCUGCAAUGGCUAUAGCACUCACGUAUGGGAUUCGUGAGCUUAUUGAGGAGUGCAUCUUAAAAUACCCGGGUCUUAUCUGGUAUAUAAUAGACUGGGAAGUUGAAAAGUUCGUUAAGCCGUCACACAAAGAAGACCAAAACGGAAAUAGAAAAACCCCGAGACAGGUUUUCACUGAGUCGCAUAAAGAUUUACUUGAAAAGGGACAACAAUCGAUGAAAGACACGGCAUCUUCAUGUACUGUGGUAGCCGCUCUCGUAGUUACAAUGGCAUUUGCAGCUGCUUUCACCAUGCCUGGUGGAAAUCAAGACGAUGGCAAACCUUUGUUCCUAAAUGAUGGAACCUUUAUGCUAUUUUUCGUAUCAGAUGCCGUUGCUUUAUUUUCAUCGGUUACUUCAGUGUUGAUGUUUUUAGGGAUACUUACUUCACGCUAUGCAGAAGAGGAUUUCCUUUACGCCUUACCGAAGAGAUUAACAAUUGGACUCCUUUCGUUAUUCAUGUCGUUAGCAGCGACUAUGAUUGCAUUCAGUGCAGUUCUUGCACUCAUGCUUCGAGACAAAGUCACAUGGAUUGCUGCCCCACUUGUUAUAGCAACCGGUAUUCCUGUGUGCUUGUUUGGCUUGUUGCAAUUUCCCCUACUUAUGGAGCUAGUUAACUCCACAUAUGGGCGGAGCAUUUUUCGCCCGGAAAAUGGUCCAAUGAUUCAUUAG